AUGUUGAGUCCAAGUCGUUCAUCUGCACAAGCAAUUCUGAAAACAGUGGUCACUACUGCAUCAACAGUAAUUCAAGAAAAUGCGAGUACGAGUGUCGAGCAUAAAGAAGAAUUGAAUGAUGCUGAUGACAGUGAACCAUUGAAGAAAAAAUUCAAAGAUGAUUCAGAAACUGAAGUGGAGAGUUCAUUAGCAACGACAACUACCACUCACGUUCGACAACGGCUACCGAAGAAACGGAAAGCGUGUGUUUCAUUUGGAUACUGUGGUGCUGGUUAUUUCGGGCUUCAACGAAAUGCAAAAGAUAAAGUCCAUCGAACUAUUGAAGAUGAAUUGGUCGAAGCUUUCGUCAAAGUUGGUGCCAUUCCACAAGCUCAUGCUGAUGAUAUGUCCAAGAUGGCAUUUCAACGAGCAGCUCGAACCGAUAAAGGUGUAUCUGCUGUUGCUAAUCUCGUCUCAUUGAAACUAGUUCCUAUGGACAAUCUCACCAAAUUAGUCAAUGAACAAUUACCCAAACAAAUCCGAAUGUUCGGUGUGAAACGUGUUGCUGCUAGUUUCAAUAGCAAAAAUAGUUGUGAUGCACGGACAUAUAUCUAUAUUCUACCAACAUAUGCGUUUUGUCCAGUUGAAGAGAUUACAAAAGAAUCGUACCGAGUGACACCUGAAGUACUACAGUUGGCUAAAGAUGUAGCAAGUGAAUAUCUUGGCUCUCAUAAUUUUCAUAAUUUCACAUCGGGCAAAAAGUUCACCGAUCCAUCAGCUCGAAGACAUAUCUUGACCAUCAAUAUAGCUGAUCCCUACAUAAGAGAAGAUGUGGAGUUUACAACGAUUACUAUCAAAGGACAAAGCUUCAUGUUGCAUCAAAUUCGAAAAAUGAUCAGUCUUAUUAUCGCUAUUGUUCGUGGCAUCGCCAGUCGAGAUACAAUUCAACGAGCGUAUAACGCUGAUAAAAUCGAUAUUCCUAAAGCACCACCACUUGGACUUGUGCUUCAAAAACUUCAUUACGAUCGAUAUGAUAAGAAAUUUGGAAGUGAUGGUCAACAUGAUGCACUAACUUGGAAUGAAGUUGAAAAUGAAGUUAACAAUUUCAAAGAAGAAACCAUCAUUCCACACAUUGUGAAAAGAGAAAUCGCCGACAAAUCUAUGUUUUCAUGGCUUUUUUUCGGGCCGAUGCUUUCACGUUACGAACAUAGCAGUCCAUAUUUCUCCAUCGUGACUUAUAUUAUUCCCACAUUACUCGGACGUCUGCGUCACUUGCCUUUCGUUGAAAAGAUGCUUGAAAACGCUUUGAUAUAUGAGGUAUGUAUAUUCUUUUUCGCCCAUCUUCCUAUUGUAUGUGUUAUGUUCAAAUGGCUUGCAUUUUUACCAUGCCAUCAUUUCGAUCAACUUUUACCGUUUUAUCCUCCCGGAGCAUACACUGGUGUCGGUCGAGGAUUGUAUCUCUUACAGCAGCAACAGGGAAAGUCCGCGAAGUUGGACGAAGAAGAAGACGAGGACAAUGGUGUUGAAGAAUAG